UUUUACCCUAUUUUUCUUGAAAUCCAGGGCUGGAGCGAGUGAGGAGCCCGCCGUCGUCUCCUCCUAGGGUUUUCGAUGCUCCCUUCCCUGUCCCCGCGCUAGGUUCCACCCUUCUCUCCCAUCGCCUCUUUCUUCGCCGGUCCUAGGACUUCGGCGCUCUAUUUCGAGCUCUUCCCAUGGAGAUUAAUCUGGGAAAACUUCCAUUCGAUCUCGAUUUCCACCCUUCCUCUCCUCUGGUGGCUUCCGGUCUAAUCAAUGGGGAUCUCCACGUGUAUCGUUAUGGCGCCGAUUCGCAGCCCCAAAGGUUAUUGGAAAUUAAUGCCCAUGAUGAGUCUUGUAGAGCAGUUCGUUUUGUCGACUCGGGGCGUGUAAUUCUGACAGGUUCCCCGGAUUGCUCGAUUCUUGCCACGGAUGUGGAGACUGGAAAUGCCAUUGCUCGUCUAGAAGAUGCUCAUGGGGAUGCAGUGAACCGCCUGGUCAAUUUGACAGAGACGACCAUUGCAUCUGGAGAUGAUGAAGGGUACAUAAAGGUGUGGGACACCAGACAACGUGCUUGUUGCAAUUCCUUUCAUGCCCAUGAAGACUAUAUCUCCGAUAUAGCUUUUGUGCCUGGUACUAUGCAACUUCUAGGAACAAGUGGGGAUGGAACUCUAUCUGUUUGCAGUCUUAGGAAAAAUAAGGUGCAAUCCCAAUCUGAAUUUUCAGAAGAUGAGUUGCUGUCUUUAGUCAUAAUGAAGAACGGCCGGAAAGUUAUUUGUGGAACUCAGACUGGAGCUCUGUUGCUAUAUUCUUGGGGCCAUUUCAAGGAUUGCAGUGACCGUUUUCUUGGGCACCCUAUGUCAGUUGAUACAUUAUUGAAGCUUGACGAAGAUACCCUUAUUUCUGGAUCUGAAGAUGGAGUGAUCAGGUUGGUAGGCAUUUUACCAAAUAGAAUAAUUCAGCCACUUGCUGAGCACUCAGAAUACCCUAUUGAACGCCUCGCUUUCUCAAAUGAUAGAAAAUUUCUUGGCAGCAUUUCACAUGAUCAAAUGUUAAAGCUUUGGGACUUGCAAGAGCUUUUGGAUGGUCAUCAAGGAGCCCCAGACCCAGAGAGUCAGUCAGUUGAAGCGGAUAGUGAUGGUGAUGAAAUGGAUGUGGACAUCAAGCCUUUUAAGCCCGCUAAAGAACCAAAGAGAAAGAAGGCUGACAAGGGUCAGACCUCAAACACUGCGUUUUCAGAUUUCUUUGCAGACUUAUAGUGGAAUGUCCUCCAAACAAGACUUCAUGUAUUUUUUCCACUGAAAAUGAAGACGCUUCUUCUGCUAGUGCCAGCAGGCCAGAAAUUUCAGUAGAUAUAACGAAAGUGAUUCUUUGUUGCUUUAUCGGCUUCCAAGAGGAAAAUGUAUUUAUACCGGCAACUUUAACAUGUUGAUGUGUAUCUUAUGAGCCCAAUUAGUUUUCUUUCACAUUUAAAUCUGAACAACUAUUGUUCCUAACUGGUUUGGAAUUGAAAUUUCCCAAGUUAUUGGCUUUAUCUAGUGCAUC